UGGCCACAGCCCCCCCUCCCACUGACAUGGAACAGGAAGCCAAGUGCUCCAUCUGCCAGGAGUAUCUGAGAGACCUAGUGACCGUGGACUGUGGCCACAACUACUGCCAAGGCUGUAUCACCACCCACUGUAAGACAUGUGAAGAACUUGAACUGGACUUGACGUGUCCAGUCUGUAGAACCCCAAUCCAGAGAGGGAACUUCCGGCCCAACUGGCAGCUGGCAAAUCUAGUAGAAAAACUCCAGCAACUAAACAUAGAAAGAGAGAGCCUGUGUGUGAUACACAAGGAAAAACUUCACCUGUUCUGCAGAGAAGAUAAAGAAUUGAUUUGCUGGAAGUGUAAGUCCUCCACAAAACAUAGAUCACACACUGUGCUUCUCAAGGAAGAGGCUACCCAGGAAUACAAGGAUCAGAUCUGUGGCUGCCUGGAGACUCUGAGGGAAAAGAAAGAGAAAAUUCUGGCACAUAAAAUAGACAUGGAAAGAGAAAGCCAAGACCUCCUUAAGCAAAUGAAAGCCGAGAGGGAAAAGACGGUGGUUCAGUUCCAACAACUGCGCCGGUUUCUGGAAGAACAAGAGAAGCUUCUCCUGGCCCAGAUGGAUGAGGUGGAGAAGGAGAUUGAAAGUAGAAGGAAGGAGCACAUGGCCAAAAUUUCAGAGAAGCUCUCUUCCAUGGAAGGAACAAUGCAGGAAAUGGAGGAGAAGCAUCAACGGCCUGAUAUAAAAGGCACCUUGAAGAAGAGUGAGGAGAAUACGUUUGAGAACUCUGUGGUUUUCUCAGCUGCACUAAAGUGGAAGAUCUGGGACAUCUGUGAUAUGAAUCCCAUUCUGGAAGGUUCCAUAAAGCAAUUUAAAGAUGCUCUGAAAUCUGGAGUUCAGCUGAAGAAAGCAAAUGUAUCUCUGGAUCCAGACACGGCAAAUCCUCGGCUCAUCCUGUCUGGGGAUCAUCAAAGUGUAACGCUUGGAGAGAAAUGUCAAAAUCUACCCGACAACCCUGAGAGAUUUGACACAAUGGUGUUUGUGUUGGGAUGCGAGGGAUUCACGGCAGGCAGACAUUUCUGGGAAGUUGUCGUGGGGAGUGAGGGAGAAUGGUCUGUGGGGGUUGCCAGAAAGUCUGUGAGGAGGAAGGGCGUGAUCACCUCUAGUCCUGAGGAGGGGAUCUGGGAAAUGGGGAAGUGGGAUGGUAAAUACAGGGCCUCAGACCCCUCUGCCAGACUUUGUUUGAGGGAGGAGCCCAAGCGGAUCCGUGUGAGUCUGAACUAUGAUGGGGGACGGGUAGCUUUUUAUGACGCUGAUACUGCGGGCCUGAUCUAUGCCUACCCAGCAGCCCUAUUCUCUGGGGAGACCCUUCUCCCCUUCUUUUGGGUUUUCGAAAAAGCCCACCUGACCCUCUCUCCUUCAGGUGGUCAGAGGGUGGCGACAGUCAUACAUAAACCCACUGCAGCUCUGACACGCUUUGGGCCUCCUCCCAAGCCUGAGCUCAGGCAGUCUCAAUUCCACGCAGUCUGUUUAAGGAGACGACAUUUUAAGCAGAAGACUUUCUCAUGAGUCAAUUUCAAAGUGCAUUUAAAAGGGUUAAACAUAGUUUUAAAAUCAAUAAAAGCUGCAUAAAACCUUAAGUACAUAAUCAUGUGAAAUGCA